AUGGCUCUGUCUUGCAACGUGCUGGCAAACCCGUCCUUCGAGACCGGCACCCUCUCACCCUGGGUCGCGAGCGCAGUCGACGUCGCCCAAAUCAGCACCGGAACUCCGGUCCUCGAUGGCGACUACUACCUGAACCUCGAAACCGCCGUCGGCAACCGCGGCAACUCCAUCUCCCAGUCCAUCAAAGACCUCACAAUCGGCGCCAACUACACCUUCAGCGUCAAGGCGCGAUCUCCCAACUACGGCGCCAACUACUGCGGCGUUUUCGCCUACCACGGCUCGAACUCCACGGCGGGGUCGAUUGCGUCCGAGCAAUUGUUCGACCAGGAAGAAUGGGUCGAGGUGAGGGGGAGCUAUCGGCCCACUACCUCGAGGGAUAUUCUUCAUGUGGGUGCGUACUGCACCUUCUCGGGCUCUUCGUACACGGGGCAUAUUCUUUUUGAUGAUCUCUUCUUGGGGAAGCAGGAGUGUGAGGUUCAGUUGGAUUAG